GCCCCCUUAUAACUCACUUGGAAAAGAGAAGGAAAAAAGGAAGAAGGAGAAAGGAGUAGAAGGGAGAAAGAUCAAGGGAGACCCACGCUCUUGACAUUACCCAGAUUCUUGCUAAUAGGCAAUCUUCUGCCCAAUUAAUGAAGAUGAGGAUUCGUUACAUAAUUGAGUGGAGGAAGCUAAAGAAGCUCAAGAUUAAAGUCGCUAAGCUCAUAGCAAAGCUUGCCAUGCUUAAGAGAGACUGUAUAGAAUUGGCUGAAGAGAAUAAGGAGAGCAUGAUGCGUCUAGAGGCUCUGACGCAAGAAGCACAACUUCAAGAUGAAGUCUACCAGGCACAACUGGAAGAAAUACAGAGCCUAAAGGAAAAACUUAAUUGGACAAAACUGCCCCCAAAUUUAUGGACAUCUAUCAGCGGAGAGGAAGCUCGUAAUAACAGCAGUAAUUAAAUUAUGUGUCUGUGUGUUGAGACUUGUGAGGAUAUAUUAUUAUGAAGUUCAAUGUUGUUUAUUUUCUCUAGUUCUAGCUAAGAUAUCCGUAUAACAUUGUGUACUUAUUGCAGUUUUAAUUUGGAAGCACAACCUUAAUUU